UUUGGAGCAAUAUAUAACUUCUUUUGUGCACAUUAUCUUCCCAAAUGUAUCUUAGUCUCUUCAUACGCUUGCAGCCUAACAAACAAAAAAAACAACGCAUACUCAUGACCCGUUACCCUCUCUACCCUGUCCAGUAACUCUGCUUCUCUUCUCCUAUACAGAGAUGGAUCCUUCGCCUUCGAGCAUAGCAUCAACAUCGAAAACCGUCCCCAAAUGGAUGGUUUUCGACACGCCUGCAUCGACCAGCACUGCCACUGCAAGUACUAGUAACAAUGAUAAUGCAACUACUAGUACCAAUAAGAAAGUGGACGAGGCAACAAUUGUGGAAAGGACGGCUGAAUGGGGACUGGUGGUUCAGCCUGUAGGAGAAGGCGGAGGGGGCAGCUUUCGCGCGAUAACUUCGAGCCCGCGGAGCAGACACGUGUCGGGACGCUUGGCAGGAGACUCGGGCAGGAUGUUUGGGGACUCGGGGAGAAUGAUGGGUGCAGAGGAGUAUGGAGAGCCGAAAGUGUCACAAGAGUUGAAGGCAGCAUUGGCUACGUUGCAGCAAACGUUUGUGGUGAGUGAUGCCACUAAGCCGGAUUUGCCAGUGGUUUAUGCUAGCACUGGCUUUUUUGAAAUGACUGGCUACUCUGCUCGUGAAGUUAUCGGGAAUAACUGCCGGUUUUUACAGGGGCCAGAGACAGAUAGAAAGGAAGUAGCAAAGAUAAGAGAUGCAGUUGAAAAAGGGACAAGCUACUGUGGGAGGCUUUAUAACUACAAGAAGAAUGGCACUCCUUUUUGGAAUCUUCUCACGAUUACCCCUAUUAAAGAUGACUCAGGAAACACCAUUAAAUUCAUUGGAAUGCAAGUCGAAGUCAGUAAGUAUACUGAAGGCAAAAGUGAAAAAGAAUUGCGACCAAAUGGAUUGCCCACAUCCUUAAUUCGCUAUGAUGCUCGUGAAAAGCAAAAGGCUUUGGGGUCUAUCACCGAGGUUAUGCAAACUGUGAAGCAUCCAUCAUUUCAUAUAGAAUCUUUGGAUGAUGAUACUAAUGAACAGUCUGAUAAGAAGAAGUUAAACUGCACGACACAAACUCCUCAGUGGAAUCCUAUCGAACAUUCAACUAUUGAACCUGUAAAAUCAGAGUACGCUUCCGUAGUAGGGCAUCGAAGAUGGUCUUCAAGUAAAGUAGAAAAGUUUGAAGAUCAAUCCAUUAUUAUAUCUGAAGUUAAACACUCUGACAGUUGGGACAAUGUUAAUGCGGAAAGACAUGUACGCCAAGGAAUUGAUCUAGCAACCACAUUGGAGCGCAUUGAAAAGAAUUUUGUUAUAACAGAUCCGAGACUUCCUGACAACCCAAUUAUCUUUGCAUCUGAUAGCUUUCUUACUCUGACUGAGUUUACGCGGGAAGAAAUAUUAGGAAGAAACUGCCGAUUUCUUCAAGGACCUGAUACUGAUCAAGCAGUUGUCCAAAAUAUAAGAGAUGCGAUCAGAGAACAGAGAGAAGUCACUGUGCAAUUAAUCAACUACAGUAAGAGUGGGAAAAAGUUCUGGAAUCUGUUUCACUUGCAGCCUAUGCGUGACCAAAAGGGUGAACUGCAAUACUUCAUUGGUGUCCAACUAGAUGGUAGUGAUCACAUGGAACCACUAAGGAACCGUCUUUCAGAGAGAUCGGAACUACAAAGCAGUAAGUUGGUGAAAGCAACUGCAUUAAACAUAAAUGAAGCUGUUCGAGAACUUCCUGAUGCUAACUUGACUCCAGAGGACUUGUGGGCUACCUAUUCCCAACCUGUGCUUGCGAAACCUCACAACAGAUACAGUUCUCGCUGGAUAGCUGUACACAAGAUUACACAAAGUGGUGAAACAAUUGGACUGAAUCAGCUGAGGCCCAUAAGACCUUUGGGAUUCGGAGACAUGGGAAGUGUGCACCUGGUGGAACUUAAAGGUUCAGGAGAACUUUUUGCUAUGAAGGCGAUGGAAAAAUCAGUCAUGUUAGACCGCAAUAAGGUUUGUCGAGCAUGCAUUGAAAGGGAUAUUUUGUCACAGCUAGAUCAUCCUUUCCUCCCAGUGCUCUACUGUUCUUUUCAGACAUCUACACACGUUUGCUUGUUAACAGACUUUUUCCGUGGAGGAGAGUUGUUUGAUUUGCUUGACAAACAGCCUCUAAAGUUAUUUACAGAGAAAUCUGCCAGGUUUUAUGCAGCUGAGAUUGUUAUUGGAUUGGAAUAUCUUCACUGCUUAGGUAUAGUUUAUCGGGAUCUAAAGCCAGAAAAUGUGUUACUGCAAAAUGAUGGGCACGUAAUAAUAACCGACUUUGAUCUCUCAUUCAGAACAUCCUGUAGACCUCAAGUCAAGAAGCUUCCUCUACCGAAUCGUAAAAGAUCGACAAGUCAACCACCGCCUAUGUUUAUUGCAGAACCAGUUGCAAAAUCAAAUUCAUUUGUUGGAACUGAGGAGUACAUUGCUCCUGAAAUCAUCAAAGGAGAUGGACACAGUUGUGCAGUUGAUUGGUGGGCCCUAGGUAUUAUGCUCUAUGAAAUGCUUUAUGGGCGAACGCCAUUUAAAGGGAAGAAUAGGGGAAAGACAUUUGGCAACAUUUUGUACAAGGAGCUCACCUUUCCAAGUAGUAUUCCGGUAAGCCUUGCUGCCAAACAGUUAGUUCAUUCUCUUCUGAAAAGAGAUCCUGAUAACCGCUUGGGAUCAAACUGUGGUGCAAAUGAAAUCAAAGAUCAUACAUUUUUCCGUGGAAUAAAUUGGCCUCUUAUACGUUGCAUGAGUCCGCCACCCUUAGAAGUGCCUCUUGAAUUAAAUGGAAGAAAAUCAAUUUACAAGGAUAUACAGCAAGAAGAUGGAGUCUUUGUUAACUCUGUUGACACAUUCUAGAGGUUUGCCUUGCUUGUUUCUAACUUAGCAUUAAUGUUGUUUAGAGAUUUUAAGGCCUUGAAUUCAAGCAGCUUUGUAUAUAGUUGGAAUUCAUAUCUGCAGGGUCAUUUGUCCUCAUGAUGACAAUAUAGUAAAUACAACUUAGCAAGUGAUUCCCUGCUGAAUGCUGAUGUGUUCACUUUGGUUACUAUUUUUGGAGAAAUUUUUGUUUGAUUUA